UAUUGCGCACAUAGUUGAAUGUCGUAGUUAAGUUCCUUCGUUUGCAUUUGGUGGCGUUUAGACUGAACUGCAGCGAAGGAAACAUAAUCAAUAGUAUAGAAAACCUCAUCAAUCUCCUAUUUCAAAUCCACACAGUCAAAACUUCCAUUUUAAUUUCACCAUUUUAAAAUUUUGGAUUUGCGCCGGUGUAUUGGACACGAGGUACGAUGGACAAUGCUUUUGACAACCUGGAUGCUGUGGGCUUCCUACAGAUUUGGCAACAUUUCGAUGUUGACGAUAAUGGUUAUAUUGAAGGAAAGGAAUUGGACGACUUUUUUCGACACAUGAUGAAAAAACUUGGGAUGAGCGAUGAAAUAACAGAUGACAAAAUUAGACGAGUGAAAGAAAGGUUCAUGUCAGCUUAUGACACCACAGCGGAUGGUCGCCUGCAAAUCCAAGAGUUGGCCACCAUGAUGCUACCGGAGGAGGAGAACUUCCUCCUACUGUUCCGCAGAGAGACGCCAUUGGACAACAGUGUGGAGUUCAUGAGGAUCUGGAGAAACUAUGAUGCUGACAGCAGUGGAUACAUAUCAGCUAUAGAGCUCAAGGGUUUCCUGCAGGACCUGUUCCUCCAGCACAAGAAGACCAUCUCCCCCAACAAACUGGAGGAGUACACCGACACCUUGAUGAAGAUGUUUGACAAAAACAAUGAUGGCAGGCUGGAUUUGAAUGACCUAGCCAGAAUCCUUGCUCUGAAAGAGAACUUCUUGCUGAAGUUUGACAUGAAUGCUUGCAGUCAAGAAGACCGGAAGAGGGACUUUGAGAAGAUAUUUGCCCACUAUGAUGUUAGUAAGACGGGUGCUUUGGAGGGUCCGGAGGUGGAUGGCUUUGUCAAAGACAUGAUGGAACUGGUCACGCCUACCAUUAGUGGAACGGACCUGGACAAAUUCCGCAAGGUCCUGCUGGGCCACUGUGACAUGAACGGUGAUGGAAAGAUCCAGAAGAAUGAACUGGCCCUCUGCCUCGGCCUGAAAUACUCCAGUUAAUAGUACUAAUUACCCUAGUUAGCACCACAGGCUAACCGCUAACUCAUUGAUAGCAUGCCGCAAUGCAAUAGCUCAUAGCUUUUAGACAACCAAAGAGCAUUGCAUGAUGGUUGGUUGAAAGGAAGUUGUUGCAUAGAGUAGACCCAUUGGGGAAUUUGUUUUGUGAUCCUUCAUUUUGUUUGACUGUAUCUGUUGAUGACAAUUCUGAGUACCUUUGAGAAUGUUGUGUGUGUGUACUAUUUCGUUUGCACGUUGCAUACGCCUGCCUAUAACUUGCAAAAAUAUAGUGGUGAAAUAAGUAUUUGGGGAUUUAAGUUUUGGAAUAUUUGUGGGUUGUAUUGAUUUAAUUACCAUGAUGGUUGCAUUUACUUGUCAGAACUCUGUUGUUUUUAUGUGCAAAUAAUAUGGUGAAAAUAAGUGCCAUUAAUGGUUUGACAUUUCACAUUUCAAUGGUAUUCAAUGGUAUUUGUAGAGAAUGUACUAUCAACAUGUAAGACAAUGUAACAUGUAAUGCAAUACAGUAUGACAAUCUCUGUG